AUGGAGACUGGUGCAAACACAACCAUCGAACCAAACCCCGUGCAUUUCGCUAAUGACUUCAAUCUCGCAGUGCAGGCUCAGCUGCCAGGGGUCGUAGUGCCCCAGAAGAUCUAUGUGCCUCCCCGCCCCGGUGGACAUAAUCCUACUAGACUAUCGCGACUCAUGUUUUCCUCCUCCAAUGGCUUGCCCGGCGUGCGCGUCCAGGACGUCAUAAACGGCACGGUGGACGUGCUUAAUGCGACAACCACUCCUACUCUAUCGGAAACGGGAGUAAGGGUAACCCUCCGAAUCUGCUGGCCUGGGUAUCCAGAGUGGACGAAGAACAACGCUGUUGUCCUCCAAAGCAACAACCAGCCGCCUAGAAACCUUGGCGACAUCACCGCCCAAAUUGCGACUGCAAUCGAGACAUUCUACAAGGAAAUGCGCACGGUCCCCGAAGAGACCUUGGGAGACACCUCUGGCUGGGAACUCAGCAAGAUACCUUUCGAGUCCCUGUACUUGGUAGAGAUCCGACCGGUGCUGCAGGCAAGCUGGCAGCCUGUUAUUUGUGUAGAUAUAGCUUGAAGGAAGGAGAAGAUGAGUAGAAGUCGGCGGCUCAGAUACCGCAUUGCAUGUAAGGUAGUCGAGAUAGAAGUGCGGUUAUCAAUGCUCAUAGCCACAUGAGCGUAACGUACACAAUAGAUGCUACGUAGGCAGUAAAUACAUCCCGCC